ACUUGAACAACACCUACGACCAACCCUACGAACGACAAAGAACCACCUCGAUACCACUAAGACCUUCUUCUCACACACAAUCAUGGCCGACUCACUGACCGAGGAGCAAGUGUCCGAGUUCAAGGAAGCCUUCUCCCUCUUUGACAAGGACGGCGAUGGCCAAAUCACCACUAAAGAGUUGGGCACCGUCAUGCGCUCCCUCGGCCAGAACCCCAGCGAGUCCGAGCUGCAGGACAUGAUCAACGAGGUCGACGCCGACAACAACGGCACCAUCGACUUUCCCGAGUUCCUGACCAUGAUGGCGCGCAAGAUGAAGGACACCGACUCGGAGGAGGAGAUCCGCGAGGCCUUCAAGGUCUUUGACCGCGACAACAACGGUUUCAUCUCCUCGGCCGAGCUCCGACACGUCAUGACCAGCAUUGGCGAGAAGUUGACCGACGACGAGGUCGAUGAGAUGAUUCGCGAGGCCGACCAGGACGGUGAUGGCAGGAUUGACUACAACGAGUUCGUCCAAUUGAUGAUGCAGAAGUAGAAAGUCCGCCGCAACGAUGCAGCGUCUACACGCAGCCAACACGAUCGGCGACUAUGACAUGGCUUGGCAUUCUCAGCCCCGAUCACGAAGAAAGUGCGAAGUAACGAUGAUACACCUGCGAGAAAGGGCUGUCGAACCUCAGAAUACGGCGGCGCGACAACGAUUCCCGACGACCCCUUACCCCGAUUUCAAGCUCUUGUCUCUUUGGUUCUCUCACGACUCAACUCGAGUCGACUCUAGCUAGGCAGGCAGUAGCAGAUAUGUCCAAGGUUUUUC